UUUGCUGAUACAGACUAACACGGCUACCGCUCUGAAACCUGUAAAAGCCAAGUUUGUCUUCACAUAUUUUCAUGUGACUGUCCACUGGGCUUGACUGGAGGGGAGUGCCAUUUGCAUGGAGUUUUAGUGUGAGUCUCUUUUUAAAGUAAACUUGACUUGCAGUACUAUUCAGCAAUUGAGUUGUGCUUCUGUGUAGCAGAGAAGCUCUGAUAGCAGGGGCUUUCUUUGUGACUCAUCUGCACAGAGUCUAGUUUACAUGGGGCCCUGAUCCUUGAUCUUCCUAGGUACUGCCAUAAUAGAAAAAAUAGUGCAAAGGAAAAGAAUCCCCUCCCCCACAAAGAGAGAACUUCCUGGCCAAGGUUAUGAAAACAGGGAUGUAAUUUUACACACGUGCUUGCUCAGAAUGAGAGUGGCAGUACCAAGAGCACAUAAUAGUGUGCGUCUCCUUCCUCCCAUCAGCAAGAGGCCUCUGAUGAGCUAAAAAUCUGAUGUAUUUCCAAGAGCCCUGAGGUGGAUUACAGCCAUGGGGUCAGAUCCUCAGCUGGUGUAAAUUGGCAAAGGUCCAUUGACCAGUGGAGCUGCACCGGUUUACAACCGCUGAUGGUCUAGUUCCUGAUGUUACAGAAUCGCUCCUUCUCACCUCUAUCCCACAAAAAGGUUGCUGGGAAGGGGAAGGGGGCUGUUGCCAUUGAAAAUUUCACUUCUUGCGAGGGGCAAAACUCAUUUGCUGCUAAGGUGAAAAAUUGGCCCUUCACACUCUGGGCUUUCUGUUUCUCUGCCAUGCUGCAGGCAACAGCAUCUGUGGCUGCUCUGAUGCUAGAAGGUAGCAGAACAGGAAGUCUGCAGCAGUGAGCCUGCUGCUAAAGGCUUACUUAUUUUAAAGAUGAUGCCAGAGCUGACGUUGUUUUGGCCUUGAAACACCAGUGGAGUUGGAGUGUGAGGGGGGAGCUGAGUGAGGUAGAGCAGGUACGGGAAUGGGAAUCUAGGACCCUGAUUUCUAAUUCUUUGUGACCCUGGGCAAGUCACUUCACCUCUGUGUAUCUCUGUUUCCUCAUCUGUAACAUGAAGACUCUGACACUAGUCCUCCUUUUUAAUGUGCUUUGCGAUCGAUGGGUGAGGAGUGCUAAGGAGCAGAAUGAAAUCCUGACCUCAUUAGAGUUGGGAAGAAUAUUGCUAGUUUCUUCGCCGGGGCUAGUAUUCUAAUGCCUCUCCUCCCACCCCUCUGUUUCCCACAGUGCAGUGCAGUUCAGUUCUGCCAUACUCACACCCUCCCUUGGGCUGCUAGAGAUAAAAACUGUCUCCGUUUUGAUGCCCACAGCAGACUACCUGAAAAAAGACAGUAACAGUCCUGUCCAUGCUGUGUUGCCAAAAGCAUGAUAAUUUCUUCCAACGUGGGAAUUUGACCAAUAACGUGUGUGUGCUUGCGUUGCUAGAAGAGAUCUGCAAGAGAUAGCUCUUUGGGGCCCUUGAACACACUCACCAUUGUGAACGUGGAUGAAUUCAGCCAGCCACAAGCUUGCUACUGAGAUGAGCCCCCAGAACUACUGAAAUAUCUUUAUUUUCUCCGGUACAGGUUGGGAUUAUUCAUUUUCUAAAACUAUAAAGGAUGGGUUUUAUUUAACCCCCUCUUUGGUUUACUUUUUAAAAAUGCUUCUCAUUGUGUUGAAGCACCAUGUGCAGAAGGGAUGGAGGGCUUGUCAAUUUUGAUCAUGUGAAAUUGAAGGUGAAAUGAACUUAUGAUCACAUAGUACGCUUGGGGACCACUGUUUCACAUGCUGCAACUGCAGGGAGCCAAGAAGGGGAGAUGGUAGUUGGGAGUGAAUGUAAACUGCAGGCUUCUUAGGCCAUGUCUACACUACAAACUUUUGCUGACUCCUCAAGGCCGCAACAGCUGCCGAUAAAACCCACAGGGGUGCCAUUGUCCAUAUGGUCACAAUGGAAAGUGAAAGUUCAGGUUCAGAACUUCCUUCCCUGGCUCCCCUAAAGUUUUAAGCAAGACAUGCUUAUUGACACUUCUGUUUCAGAGUGCUCACAGGACCAGCCGUGGUGAGUGUGGCCUGCUGGGGUGAGGGAAAUGAGGAAGGAAUUGCUCGGUUGCAUGUAAGUAGAUGUGGGAAUCUAGGGCAGUGGCAAUGAAUGCUAGCACCUUUCUCCACAGGUGGUGGUGAUUUUAGCUGAUCUCUGACUCCUGAGGGUAAUAAAGGCACAGAGAACACAGUUGCUGUUGGAGUUCCAAAGCCAGCUGGGUCUGUACACUGCUAGCCUGUGUAUUGCAAUGGUGCCUGCCAAAGUUAUCACCAAUGGGUGUGGGAAAGUGUCUCACAACGGAGGAAGAAAUAAGGCAGCCGUCUCUAGAAGCCUUCAGGAGAGGAUUGCAGAGUUCCUGCGUGAAAGUUAUAUUAAGAUCUCUCAGGAAGAUUCAAGGGACAUCCCUGUGUAUGUAAACAAACUGCUCCGCAUGGUCCCCCAUGCCUACCUCUACAGGGGAAUAUAAAGCAGAUAACUCUACCUGUCUCUGCUGUACCGCUACCUCUUCUAGUCUGCGUAAAGUCAUGAAAAGUUGAUAGCUGUGCCCUGUUAAGUAGGGGGAGUACUGUCAGUACAUCCUUGUAAUGGGGAAUAAAUUUGCACACUUAUCUGAGCUUCCUACCCCUGCAAUGGGCUUAUCUCUGCUUGACUGCCUGGACUGCAGUGGAGCCUCAAACAAGUCCUGGCUCAUGGCAUAGGUGGAACCCCCCCAGUUGCAGGUCCCCCAUCCUCCUUUUUCCUCCUGCUCAUCCUCAUUGUUCAUAGCAGGGGCCUGUGACUUGGGCUCCUCAGAGGUAUCCACAGUGGUGUGCAGGGUUGUGUUUGGGUCUCUGCCAAGGAUGGCAGGCAGCUCUUUGUAAAAGUGUCAGGUCUGUGGCUUGGCACUGGAUUGAUGGUUGGCCUUCCUGACCGCCUGGUAUGCCUGCGCAGUUCUUUCUCUUCCAGGCGGCACUGCUGCUGGUUCCUGUCGUACCCCUUCUCUUGCAUCCCCCGUGCAAUCUGCUCGUAGAUGUCAACAUUCCUAUGGUUGGUGUGGAGCUGUGCCUCCACAACCCCUUCUCCCCACAGGCCCAGAAGAUCCCAUAUCUCCUGUCUACUCCAGGUCGGAGUGCAUCUGGAGCAUGUAGCUGUCGUGGUGCACACAACAAUGGAGAGCUGCUAAGUGUGCUCACCAAGCUCAGCAAUCAGGAAAAGGUCCUAAAUCCACUAAACCAAGAUGUCAGAAAAAGGAAGAGGGCAAUCACUGCCCGCCGGCAGCAUCUGAAGAGUGUUAUGCUCCAGAUUGCUGCUACUCUCCUAGAGAAAGAAACAGCAGCUAAAGAAGCAGAAAAGGCCAAUUACCUUGCCGAGCACUGUCCUCCUUUGUCACUCCCGCACUCCAUGCAGGAGUUGCAGGACCUAUGCAGAAAGCUUCAUGCCAAGGUAGAGGUGGUGGAUGAAGAAAGAUAUGACACUGAGGCUAAGUUACAGAAAACCACCAAAGAGCUUGAAGACUUGAGCCAGAAACUGUUUGACCUGAGGGGCAAGUUCAAGAGGCCACCCCUGCGUAGGGUCCGCAUGUCUGCUGACGCUAUGCUGCGUGCCCUGCUGGGCUCCAAACACAAGGUCUGCAUGGACCUUCGCGCUAACCUGAAGCAGGUCAAGAAGGAGGACACUGAGAAGGAGAAGGAUCUGCGUGAUGUGGGUGACUGGAGGAAGAACAUCGAGGAGAAGUCUGGCAUGGAGGGCAGGAAGAAGAUGUUUGAGACUAGUGAAUCCUAAAUUCCACACAGCUGUUAACUCUAAUCCUGGUAUCUAGUCAAUUUCCAAAUUUCUCCUCCUCCAUCUCUCCUGCCACCUAUUUUUCAAACCAGCUCUCUAGCAGUGUUGUUUAGGGCUAAACUUCCUGAGCCCAGGGUCACAUUUCACAAAGCCAUCCAAGACACAAGACCUACUUUCAGCCCCACCCCCUACUGUUGCUAUAGAAACAACUGUCCUAAAUCAUGCAAUGUCAUAACUACAUUUGAAACAAUGCUAGUGACAUUAACUGAAAUCAAAUGCAGUUUAACCCUGUAAUUUUGUAGGCUCUGGUGUAUCAAAGUGAUCCUUAACUGUGUAAAUAAAGCUU